CUACUUUUAAACAAAUACUUGCCCUGUUACCCGUCUCUGUCUUGGGGCCAAUACGUCACGCACGGCCGUCACGCCCCGCCUCCCGUAGAGCCUCCUUAAGCGUGGUCUCGUAGGCAGCCGGGAGGGGAGCACUGGAAGGAGGGUAGACAGCAGUGCUGUAAAGAUGGACAAGCGGGUACGCGUGGCGGCCGUGUUGGCUGGGUUGGUGGGCGUGGCUAUGGCCCAAUCUGGAGUCGGCAGCACCAGCGGAGACAUGAACGAGAACGCUGCAUCGGCGGGAGAGGGGAAACCCCGUCAAGUCGGGUUCUGGACGGCGUUCGCCAACAGCGUGGCCAUGAUCAUCGCCACCGAGAUCGGAGACAAGACUUUCUUCAUAGCGGCGAUCAUGGCGAUGAGCCACCCCCGCCUCGCCGUCUUCGGCGGGGCCAUAGGUGCGCUGGCCGUCAUGACGGUGCUCUCCGCCGCGCUAGGCUACGCGCUGCCGGCAGUGCUCUCGAGGACCUACACGCACUACGCGAGCGCGCUGUUGUUCCUGUACUUUGGGUGUAGGAUGCUGAAGGAGGGCAUGGAGUCGCACGGGGGACCGUCGGAAGAGCUUACGGAGGUAGAAGAAGAGUUGGCGAAGAAGAGGGAAGGGGAAGCGAAGAAGUCGGGCCCGGCGGCGUUCGACCUGGAGGGGGGGGGUGCUAUCGGGGGUGCCGGAGGGGGAGGGGUGCGAGGCGCCGGGGGGCGGCGAGCGAGCACGGCGGCCAAGUGCUGCCUCAGGUGCGCCGCCCUAGCCGAUGCGCCGUUGCGGUUGGGGGACAGUGUGGUGCUGACGAUGUCUUUCAGCAUGACCUUCUUGGCGGAGUGGGGGGACCGGUCUCAGAUCGCGACGAUCGCGCUAGCGACCAACAAGGACCCGUUCGGGGUGACGGCGGGAGGCGUCAUCGGGCACUCGCUGUGCACGGGCAUGGCGGUCAUCGGGGGGAAAUUGCUGGCUGCGCGGUGA